UUUGCAUGUGAUGAAUAUACCAGGGACAAGAUAUGAAGGCCCUCUUGAAAGAAAGACUAAUAAGUGGAAGGAAUACCACGUUGUGUUGAGCAAUGGACAGCUGUUAUUCUACAAAGAUAAAACUUCCGAUCCUAGAGACGGACUGCUUGGAACCCUGAAAUUGAGUGUAACAACGUUCUGUAACUCCUCCUCUGGAGUCCUGACUCGAGGUUAUCAGUUCAGCGUCUCUACACCUGACAUAGAGGCUCAUCUUAGGUCUAACACGGCCGAUCAAAGGGACAAAUGGAUUAAAGAAAUAAUGGGAUCUGUUACAGAGUUGAACGAGUUCAGCAGGAUGACCUCGAUGAGGCCAGCCCAGAUGUCCCACCCUGAACCCCAGGUUUACGACAGUACACUAGUUGUCAACAUGUCUCCUGAACACGAGUGGUACUGGCCUGGCAAGACACGUGAUCAGGCUGAGCAGCUUCUCAAACAAGUUGACAGUAACCAUUUCUUGGUGAGAGACAGUGGACACGAGCCGGGGUCCUAUUCUCUGUCAGUGCGUGUUUCUAACCAGGAUAACAUGGUUAUAUUCCACUACAUCAUUAAGCGGGAUCACGCUGAGAACAAGUUCAUCCUAGUACCCGCUCCGGGUAAAAGAUUCGACACAUUAGAACAUGUGGUGGCGUACUAUCUCCACCUCAACAAGGAUGUAGGCCUCCAACCCCUCAAAAACCCCUCCUAUAAACCCCAUGCUGCUCCUCUGUACGGCAAUAAUGCGACUCUUCCGACACCAAGUGAACCCCUCGCUCAUAUGACGUACACUGAUCCGGCUGUAUCAGGCAUGACAGUAAAUCCACACGAGAACCGACGCAGUCUGGCGCCCUCCGGCAGCUCUGACCAGUCCACAGCCACGGAAUCCUCUGAAAAGAGACGAAGUGUGGCGGAUAUCUUGGAUGAGGAGUUCUCUAAAAUGGAGACUGGAGAUACGAGGGCUAAUUCUUACAAAUACGCCGUGACUCAGAAUCCGAGUUCGCACACGACAGAACAAAGCGCCAACGCGUCCGGGAAACAAACGGGAACAGAGAAUGAGUAUGUGAGACUUGGAAAGUUCCCCUCAGCCAAACAGCAGCCUGACAAUUCAUCAGGAUACGAAGUUGACGGUGCCGUGGGAAACCCUCCAGUAAAGCCCAUCAGACCCAGUGUCAGUAGGCCAGGACAAAGCGAAUAUAUGAACGUUACAACUCAGCCGCCUCCCCAGGAUGUGAUAAACAGUGGCCCUAGUAACGGAGGAGGGAACUAUAUUUACGCCCACGUGGGGUUACCCGGCUCUGGUUCUCCGAUCGAGUUAGGAGACAAGAUCAUGAUUCGUGGUUCCCAGAGGUCGACACCUGUCGUCGCCAGUUUUGGGGACAUGGGAACGCCUGUAAGUUUUUCUGGUCGUAACGGAUCGAGCUCCUUAUUUGAAGACCCGUACUCUGCCCCGAUACCCCAACAACCCCAACAACACCCUCCUCCGCCGGCGGAGUGCCCCUACACGGAGAGUAGCUACGUGAACUGUGAGCUCAACAACCAAGUAGCCUCUGUUUCUAUCAGUGACCCCAGGGGAGCAGACCAUUCAGAGCAGGCCCGACCAAAAAGCAGUGGAAUGAGCAAGUCUUCUGCUAAGGCCGGCAAGAACAAGCAGAAUAAAGCGAAAGCUGCUGCCGCCAGUAAAACGUCACAGCCGAUGAGUCAGAAAGCGUCCCAACCGAUGAGCCAGGGAGGAACUGCCCCUCAGUACAACAGCUACAAGUACCCUCCUGCUGCCUCCGGUCCUAUUAGCUACAACGACCCCUGUCUCAGUAUGACACAACCUCCUACUCCUAAAAACAAGACUACACGAGAAGAAGCGGAUCUAUUCCCUGCCCCUGCAGGACCGAUAGGAUACACGGACCCUGCCCUCUCUAUGAGCACUGCUCCUCCUUCUAAAUCUAAACAAGGCUCCAUCAGCUCCAUACAUUCUCAGUUUCCGGUAGCAGCCCCAGGUCAGAUGGGAUAUACUGAUCCGAGUAUAGCUAUGUCCAAACCUCCUCCUAAAAUUAGGGGUUCGAACAGACACAACGGCGUGUGAUAGCGGUACUAUCUCCUCUCUCCCUCCCCUCCAAACUCAAACAGCUCACAUCUUACGUCAUGUGACGUCAUUAUACGUCAUGUUACUAGACGGACGUAAUACUGGUAGUGACGUCAUGUUAUUGCAGCUGAGGACUUGAAUUUAUAAGCGAGCUUUCUUCGGAAAAGAUUUUAUUUUUCUUAACUGAUGGAUCAAUCAAUCGAGAAACACAAAUUUUAUGUGCGCCAUUAAAUUUAAUUGGAAAACCGAAUAUUGCAUGCUUGUUUCAAACAAACUACAAGGGAAAAAUUCGCCCACGUUUCUACCCAGUCUCAAGCGAGCAUGAUGCAUUGUUUUUAUAAGAUUUGCUUCGAAUGAUGAAGUGUGUUGGCCAAAUGAAUGAUUUGGUGUUAACUUUUGAGUUUGAUGUUAACGAUUAUUGUAAUUUUGUAAAUUAAGAUUCCUUGCCGCAAUUCAAUUCACAUUCGCAAUAAUGAGUUGUUAUGCGAUCGGAUCGUAGUUGUUUAAUGUAUAAUAUCAAUUUUUAUCAGAACGUUUAAGCUCACUGCUUGUGUACUUUUAAAAGGGAUUUUAAAGUAACAAGUCUUUUUUAAUGUUAGUACUAACUUUUAUAUGAUUAUCAACCAAUUGGCAACCAA